UACCGUACCGUACUUCAGUCUGAGCUGAAGAACUUCACUUGAGAAGGGGAGAGUGUAUUGUGCUCAUUUAGGUAAUGGAAUAAUAGAGAAAAGACAAGAUGAAAGUCAAUAAUACCUUGGCAAAAGCAUUAUAUGACAACAAGGCUGAGUGUUCAGAUGAGCUAGCCUUCCGCAAAGGAGACAUCCUAACGGUUCUUGAACAGAAUGUCUUAGAGAGUGAAGGAUGGUGGAAAUGUUCCCUCCAUGGAAGACAAGGCCUAGCUCCUGCUAAUCGCCUCCAACUCCUUGCUGGUUCCCAGGCAGGCAUGUUGUCUCCCUCCUCUGAGCAUGAUUCCCAGGAAUUGCCCAUCUGUCAACAAAAUAUCUACCAGGUCCCAUCAGCUCCCAAGUCUUCCUCAUUGUCACCUACGUAUGAACGGAUGGACAGUUGGAUUAAGCCACUUCCUUCUUCUGUUUCUUCUCCACCUACUCAAGAAAUAUAUCAGGUGCCAGCUUUAGCUGCACAAUUAUUCAGUGAAAAGACCCAAAGCCUAACCAAUCAGCACCGGUUUACUCUUCCCACAGCAUCUCAGGCCUCCAUACCAUUUAUAAAAAAUGAGGCUUAUGAUGUUCCAUCACCACAACACCGGGUGGCCUUAUUCACUCAGAGGUGUGCCACUCCACCCACAGCCAGAAAGGGCUCUAUGCCGAUCCUCUCCAAAGAAUAUAUCCAGGAAGAGCAGCAACAGCUUUAUGACAUCCCAUCCAGCUCGGAAAAGGCAGAAAUCUAUGUCCAGCAAGACUCUCCAGGGGGCAGUGUGUAUGAUGUCCCCCCCACAACUGCAAGAGACCAUGACAUUUCACUACAAAAUUUGUCUCAAAUAAAAUGUUUGGGUCAUUAUACUACCUUGCCAAAUCCUCGGAAGUCAGAAUGGAUUUAUGAUAUUCCGGUAUCACCUGAAAAAAUGGGUUUAAAAAAAGAUCCUUCCGAUCGUUCCCUGGAAAAGCAGGUGCUGUAUGACAUACCGCCAGCCAGAUAUGGUUCUAGUUUGCAAAAUGUUCCAUCAACAAACAUCAAAAGCAAAUCAGUGAAUCCACAAAUGUAUGAUGUCCCACCAACACAGAGAAAAUUAACCUUUCCUGAUAUCCCUCGUUAUAAUGAACCAUCCUCAUGUGACAUGCAACUUUUGCAGCAAAACGGUAACUAUCAUGUUCCACCAAGCUUUCUGACUCCAAGGGUUGAGCAACAGAACUCUGAACCAAAUGUUUAUGAUACUCCAAAAGUGCUGCCUACUGCUUUACAGCACAGGAAAGGAACUGAAAAAAACAACAGUAGUUUUGGAAACCAUACUUACAACAUUCCUCCACAGCUGUCAAAAGAUUCCAAAUUAGAACAAGACAGGUUAUCAGUGUCCAGUGUGGACAGUAGAACCAGUACCCUAUCUACAUUAUCAAGCACUUCUGCUGAGUCCUCUUCUAUGUCAUCAUCAGAAGAACCUGCAAAAGAAAUUGAAUUGGAGCUUGACUUAGCCAUAGAAGCAUUGACCAAGCUGCAGCACAGUGUAUCCAGUUCAGUUGCAAGUCUGAUGAUUUUUGUAAGCAGUAAGUGGAGAUUCCGGGAACACCUGGAGACAAACCUUGAGGAAAUCCAUAGAGCAAUUGAUCACAUAAAAGUAUCUUUGGGAGAAUUCUUGGACUUUGCUCAAGCCAUCAAGGUGAAUGCCUCUUGCGUCACUGACAAUAACCUUCAAACCAGAAUUAAAACACAACUGAAAAUUCUUACAGACUCAUUCCAGAUCUUGGUAGAAACAAGGGAAGCACUGAAUAACUGCAACUGGUCACUGGAAGUUCUGGUCAUUAAGAAACCUCAGAAUAACCCAGAUGACCUUGAUCGGUUUGUUAUGGUAGCCCGCACAAUUCCAGAUGACAUCAAGAGAUUUGUAUCUAUCAUCAUAGCUAAUGGAAAGCUUCUCUUCAAAAAGAAUUGCAAGGAACAAGAGACCAAGACACCAAAAAUUGGUACAGAUCAUAAAAUGGCAAAGCCGAUCCCAAUACCCAGAAGAAGAGAACUUGAUUCACUCCAAAGAAAUACUUUGGAUAAACCAAACAAAAACAAAGUGUCUUCUGAGAAAUCAAGAGAAAAUGUCACUGAAGACUGUGAUUAUGUUCAGUUACAGAAGUCUUCUGGAUUGGAACAGGCACAAAAAACCCUUUCAGCUAAAGAGGUGGCAAAGAAGAAUGCAGAUUUAAAAACAAAGGUUUUCCCACCUUCAAAAAAGCAUAAUAUUCAGAACAACCUGGACUUGGCAAAGAAAAUCACUCUCUCAGAAACCUGUAGACUGUAUUUUGGUGCCCUUCACAAGGCCAUUAGGGUAUUUACCAGUAGUCUUAGCAAUAAUCAACCGCCUGAAGUCUUUAUAGCACAGAGCAAACUGAUCAUUAUGGUGGGACAAAAGUUGGUAGAUUCUCUCUGUCAGGAAACUCAAGAAAAGGAUAUUCGGAAUGACAUCCUCUGCCGCAGCAGCCAGUUUUGUAGCCUGCUGAAGAACUUGGCUGUUGCCACCAAAAAUGCUGCAGUGCAGUAUCCAAAUACAGGUGCCGUGCAGGAACUUCAAAAUCAAGCUGAUGAGCUGUCUAAAUACACGCAGCAGUUUAGAGCAAUGAUGGAAUGA